AAUAUCUUGUUUAAUAGAUAUUCUUAAUUAUUAUUUAUUAGAGUAAAGAACUGGCCACGGAUUUAAACUAAAAAGUUAAAAGUAAUUUUUAUAUUAGAAUUUUAAAUCUUGUCAAAUUUUGGAUACAAAAUUCUUGGAAUUACUGUAACACCAUGGCUGAAUACGGUUAUAACUUUUGGAUGUUAACAUUUGAUUUUUUUAAAAAAGAUAUUAAAAAGCCUGAAGACAAUUUGAUAAUAUUAGUACAUUGGUUGUUGUUGAAAAACGAUUUUCAAGUACUUGGACUUGGUAGUGAGACUACAAUUGAUGAAAAUGUGCAACCAUCUGAUAUUUUACCUACAAAUUGGUCUCAAAAUGAGACAUACAAGUUACAGUAUAUGCGUGACAAGGAAUUGUUUUUAUUGAAUGCUGUCAAGGCUGCUGAUAGUCUUGUGUUGAAUUUAUAUAAUGUAAAAACAAAAUUUGUGUCAUGCAGUGCUAUUGGAAAUAUUAAUUCUGCAGUUCAGUGGAUCACUGACUUGAUAAAUAAUAAAGAAAAAGUCUUUGAAACUAUUAAUUUGAUAGAAAACCAACUAAUUGGUCCUAUGAAAAAAGAAAAUGAGAAUAAGAUAGAUAUCAGCACUCAGACCAAUAAUGAACCAAAGAAGUCUCCUCUCUUAAUAUCAGAUCCUCCACGACCUCUUGGAAGAUUCCCUGAACCUGGCAAUCCAAUGCAUCCGUUUCCAUCAUAUGGCAUAUCAGAUUUGAAUCCUGUAGGUGGUUUACGUGAUUUUGGUGAAGGGAUGCUCUUUAAUCCUAUCGUGGGGCGAAGAUCAGAUGCUCGUCGAGGGGUUCCUCCAAUGGCACGUUUUGAUCCGAUGCACCCUAGCAAUCCAGAUCCAAUGAGGCCUGACUUCUUAAAUAGACCUAAUCCAGAUCACAUGGUAUCACCAGAUUUUGAUUCUGAUUAUAACAUGUUUAUGUAAAAUAAUUGUAAUAAACAUUAUUCGAAUUACCUAUAAAUAUUAUUUUAAUUCAAAAUAAUAAAUGCUAAAAUCAGAAGGUGUUAAUUAUAUAUUGAAUUGAUUAAAGAGAAUUGUAUAACUUGUAUACAUAAAUAGAUCAUUUAUUUUAUUGUAAAAAUUAUUCAUAGUUUUAAAUACUGUCAUCAAUU